AUGUCAAACACGGCAAAGGACAAGAUCAAGCCCAGCAACUAUUCCGACUCGGGCAGCGACUCCGAAGACGACGACUUCGUCCCUAAAGAUUCUGGCCAGCCAUCUCUCGGCGAAGCAAGCACAUCCGGAGCAACAGGCAAGCGUCGAUCCAAGGCAAGAACAGAGGUCGACGGCGAUUCGGAAUCGGAAGACGAUGGAUCCGACGACGAAGCAAAAGGGGCAGGCGUGGCCGCUCAGUCAGAGGAGAUUGACGCAGACGAACUGGAAGCGCUGAAGCGAGAACGAGCAGAGCUUGUGGCUGCUGCUGGAGGAGAGGAUCAUCUUGGGAAACGGAGGCGUUUGGCGCAAGCAACGAGCACCAAGAUAACAGCGGGGCCAGCAGCGAACGAUGAGGCAAACGUACUCAAAGCAAAAGCCGAAACCGAAUGGGCAGUGAUGAAAGACUCGGACAAGGCAUCAACACCAGCAGGGACAUUAUUAAUAACAUCGGCUGAACGCACGCCAAAAGACGGUCUGCGCCAAGAAGAGAUGAUCUCAAUACCUCAUACUUACAAGUUUGCAGGCGAAGUUUACACCACCACACGCUUGCUACCUCGCUCGCACCCAGACGCUGUCAAGUAUCUCACCCAGUCCGCCGCCGCAUCCGCAAACUCUUCCUCUGCGCCUUGCCCGGCAUUGUCGUCGACACCCGCGACAAGCACAGCUUCAGCCUCGCGUCCACCACCAGGCCCUCGACGCAAGAAGGGAUCCUCGCUAGCCGCCUUAUCCGCAGCCGCCACUUCCAAGCCGACCAAACUGAACACGCUCGAGAAAAGCAAACUCGACUGGGACCAAUACAAAGGCAACUCGGCCCAGCUCUCCCAGCAAGAGCUCGAUGAAUUAGAGAAUCAGACGCGAGGAGGCGGUAAAGGAUUAGGUGAUAUGAAAGGCUAUCUAGAACGCAAGGACUUUUUGGACCGAGUCAAGGAUCGCACCGGUCAACCAUAG